AUGCGCCAAGUGACAGCGCGUCGCAAGCUGCAGCAAACGCCAAACCUUCCGCAGGGGAAGAAGAAGAAGAAGAAGAAGAAGAAGAAGAAGAAGAAGAAGAAGAAGAAGAAGAAGAAGAAGAAGAAGAAGAAGAAGAAGAAGAAGAAGAAGAAGAAGAAGAAGAAGAAGAAGAAGAAGAAGAAGAAGAAGAAGAAGAAGAAGAAGAAGAAGAAGAGGGAGAAGAGGGAGAAGAGGGAGAAGAAGGAGAAGAAGAAGAAGAGGGAGAAGAGGGAGAAGAGGGAGAAGAAGGAGAAGAAGAAGAAGAAGAAGAAGAAGAAGAAGAAGAAGAAGAAGAAGAAGAAGAAGAAGAAGGAGAAGGAGAAGAAGAAGGAGAAGAAGGAGAAGGAGAAGAAGGAGAAGGAGAAGAAGAAGAAGAAGAAGAAGAAGAAGAAGAAGAAGAAGAAGAAGAAGAAGAAGAAGAAGAAGAAGAAGAAGAAGAAGAAGAAGAAGAAGAAGAAGAAGAAGAAGAAGAAGAAGAAGAAGAAGAAGAAGAAGAAGAAGAAGAGGGAGAAGAGGGAGAAGAGGGAGAAGAAGGAGAAGAAGAAGAAGAGGGAGAAGAGGGAGAAGAGGGAGAAGAAGGAGAAGAAGAAGAAGAAGAAGAAGAAGAAGGAGAAGAAGAAGAAGAAGAAGGAGAAGGAGAAGAAGAAGGAGAAGAAGGAGAAGGAGAAGAAGAAGAAGGAGAAGGAGAAGAAGAAGAAGAAGAAGAAGAAGAAGAAGAAGAAGAAGAAGAAGAAGAAGAAGAAGAAGAAGAAGAAGAAGAAGAAGAAGAAGAAGAAGAAGAAGAAGAAGAAGAAGAAGAAGAAGAAGAAGAAGAAGAAGAAGAAGAAGGAGAAGAAGAAGAAGAAGAAGGAGAAGGAGAAGAAGAAGAAGAAGGAACAGAAAGCCCCCGCUCCUCUUCGGACCACGUGUCUCCCUUGCGCGUUGGCGCAGAGCAUCUGCGUGGCAGGGGACCUGAGCAGGCUGGACAUGGACCCAUGGACCCAGCGCAUCGUCGCCAGUGUUGCAGGGCCAACUGCGGUCCCAAUCGCACGCGUCUACGUGCCACAGCCUGCCUCAAAUACACUCGACAGAGCCACAAAACAACGGUUGGAUAGCCUAUGGGGGUAG